AUGGAGGCAGAACUCCAGUCAAAGAUCCCCGGGUUGGAUCGUGUCAUUUCGGAAUACUCGGUGGGUUAUCUCACUCAUGCUUCCAACCUCUACGUCGAAGAGACAAACACACAGUCACCCCUCGCCGAAGCUGCCGAGACGGUGACGGAGCUGUUGGUCUCUGCCUCGGGAGACUUCUCGACCAAGAACCGUGAUGCGAUCAGCAGCCUGGUGGAAAAAUUCAUCACAUCUUUGAGCUCUGCCAAUGGCGCCGACUCUGAGAAGCGGCAAAUGCCGAUGAUGGCCAAGCGACUCGACCAGACCAUCAACGUGGGCUCUCAGCGAAACAUGUCCUCCACCCUGGGUCUGAGCGGCACCACGGUGGAUUUGGAGUCGGCCAAUGCUCGAAAGGUCGAGUCGCGUGUGGACAAGAAGAAGCUCGAAAAGGCCGAGCGAAAGAUUCGAGCCAAGCAGGAGAAGAAGCAGAUGAAGACUGUUCAUUACGAGGCAUCUCGCCUGCUCAACCAGCCCGACGAGGCCAUGUCCUACGAGGAGUUCUUCAUGGCGGUCAACCCCCUGCAGCUUGGCUCCGAUUCACAGUCCAAGAGCAAGGACAUCAAGUUGGACAAUAUCGAUAUCUCUGUCAGCGGUCUGCGUAUCUUGACGGAUGCACAGUUGACUCUUGCGUAUGGACGGCGCUACGGUCUUGUCGGUCAGAACGGUAUCGGUAAAUCUACGCUGCUGCGAGCUCUCAGUCGCCGAGAAGUUGCCAUUCCCAAUCACAUUUCGAUUCUUCACGUCGAGCAAGAGAUCAUGGGUGAUGACACACCGGCCCUUCAAGCCGUGCUGGAUGCAGACGUCUGGCGCAAGCAUCUGCUUUCAGAACAGGAGAAAAUCUCCAAGCAACUGAAUGCCAUCGAAGAGGAACGGUCGCAAAUGGCCGACACAUCUCAAGAUGCUGCCAGAUUAGAUCACGAGAGGGAGGGUCUGGACGUCACUUUGUCUGAUAUCCACUCCAAACUUUCCGAAAUGGAGUCCGACAAGGCCGAAUCUCGAGCUGCUAGUAUCCUGGCUGGUCUCGGUUUCUCUCCCGAGCGUCAGCAGUACGCUACAAAGACGUUCUCAGGUGGUUGGCGAAUGCGUUUGGCUUUGGCUCGUGCUCUGUUCUGCGAACCUGACUUGCUACUUCUUGACGAACCUUCCAACAUGUUGGAUGUGCCGUCCAUUACUUUCCUUGCCAACUACCUGCAGGGCUACCCCAGCACAGUUCUUGUCGUUUCUCACGAUCGUGCAUUCCUCAACGAAGUUGCCACGGAUAUUAUCCAUCAGCACUCUGAACGACUGGACUACUACAAGGGUGCUAACUUUGAGUCCUUCUAUGCGACCAAGGAGGAGCGCAGAAAGAUGGCCAAGCGCGAGUAUGAGAAGCAGAUGGCCGAGCGUGCUCACCUUCAAGGUUCGUUUUCGUUCGUUCCCGGCCACAGAAAUAAUUCGCCUGCUAAUCGCUUCCCCAAAGCCUUCAUCGAUAAAUUCCGUUACAAUGCGGCCAAGUCCUCAGAAGCUCAAUCACGUAUCAAGAAGCUCGAACGUAUGCCGGUUCUCGAAGCUCCCGAGAGCGAAUAUGUCGUUCACUUCCAAUUCCCCGAGGUCGAGAAGCUUUCACCGCCCAUCGUUCAAAUGUCGGAUGUCGCCUUCGGUUACACUCCCGAGAAGCCUCUGCUCCGAGACGUCGACCUGGACGUCCAGCUGGAUUCUCGAAUUGGUAUUGUGGGACCCAACGGUGCGGGUAAGACUACAGUACUGAAGCUGCUCACGAACCAACUCACUCCCACAAAGGGUCAGAUUUCAACACACUCCCGUUUGCGUAUUGGAUUCUUCGCGCAGCAUCACGUGGAUGCUCUUGAUCUAACCACCAGCGCUGUGAGUUUCAUGGCCAAAACUUACCCUGGUAAGAGCGAUGAAGAGUACCGUCGUCACUUGGGUGCCUUUGGUAUCACCGGUAUGACUGGUCUCCAACGUAUGGAGCUCUUGUCUGGAGGUCAAAAGUCCCGUGUUGCAUUUGCUUGUUUGUCUCUCACCAACCCUCACAUCCUGGUUCUUGACGAGCCUUCCAACCACUUGGAUAUUGAGGGUAUGGAUGCGCUUUCGGAAGCGCUGCAACGCUUCGAGGGUGGUGUGGUCAUGGUCUCUCACGAUGUCACUAUGCUCCAGAACGUCUGCAAGAGCCUGUGGGUCUGUGACCAUGGAACGGUGACCAAGUUUGAUGGCGAUGUCAAGGCGUACAAGAAGUUGAUUAGUUCCCAAGCUGAUGCAGCUGGCGUUGUUGCCAAGCACUAA